ACCCAAACUUAUAUAAUAAUCAGAAAUAAAAUCUCAAUGAUUUACUAAACUCCAAAGUUUCUCCCUAUAAAUACAUUUCCUUUUAUCACACAUAGUCAUAAGCCAUUAAUCACACACAUAGUCAUAAGCCAUUAAUCACACACAUUUAGCUCUUUGUGUUUCAUUAAGCACUCAAUAUUAGCUAAAGCCAAUGGCUCCAAAAAGGCAAGAAGUCAUGGGUGUAGUCUUGGUCAUGAUGGUCAUGGUAUGGGGUGGAGCCCGGGCUCAAUCGAGCGGUUGCACCAACACGCUCAUGGGUUUGGCUUCGUGCCUAAACUAUGUGACAGGAAACACGUCUACUCCCUCACCUUCAUGUUGCUCACAACUCUCGACCGUGGUGCAGUCACAACCACUAUGCCUUUGUUCUUUGCUUAAUGGCAACGGUCCGAAUAUUGGCGUUACUAUUAACCAAACUCUUGCGAUAACGCUUCCUGGUGCUUGUAAAGUACAAACUCCUCCCAUCAGCCGAUGCAAUGCUGUUGCUAAUGGACCUGCUGGUGGACCUACAAGUUCAGCAAGUUCCCCAACUGGCUCAACCGGUUCAGAAAUAGUGCCUUCACAAGAAACCCCUGAAGCUGAAGCUCCCACUACAUCAUCAACACCAACUACCACUUCUGGAUCGGGAUCUGGAUCGAAAACAACGCCAUCAACAAAUAACAACGCAUCGGAUGGAAGCAGAUUUGGAGUACCGAGUUUUCUUAUGUUUUUCGUUCUUUUCUUCGGAAUGAAGUUUUGAGUAUUCUCAUGAUCAAGUGUGUUGUUGGUUUUUGUUGCAUUUGAUUACACAUUGUUUCAUUUGUUUCCUUGAGUGAUUUAAGGUUUCAAAUUUUUCCAUAUGUAACAUGUUAUUUCUUGAUAAAUAUUAAGUCA